AUGUCCCUCGACCACUACACCAAACUCGAGAAGGUUGGCGAAGGCACGUACGGCGUCGUGUACAAGGCGCGCGAUAUCCGGACAGGAACUUAUGUCGCGCUCAAGAAGAUCCGGCUUGAGGCUGAGGACGAGGGCGUGCCCAGCACCUCGAUCCGCGAGAUCUCAUUGCUCAAGGAGUUGAGCAAGGACGACAACAUUGUCAAGCUCCUCGACAUCGUCCACUCGGACGCCAAGCUCUACCUCGUCUUCGAGUUCCUUGACCUCGACCUGAAGCGGUACAUGGACUCGAUCGGCGACAAGGACGGCCUCGGCCCGGGGAUGGUCAAGAAGUUCUGCUACCAGCUCGUCAAGGGCUUGUACUACUGCCACGCGCACCGCGUGCUGCACCGCGACCUCAAGCCUCAGAACCUCCUCAUUAACAAGGAGGGCAAUCUCAAGCUGGCCGACUUCGGCCUCGCCCGCGCCUUCGGCAUCCCCCUGCGGACGUACACGCACGAGGUCGUGACGCUGUGGUACCGCGCGCCCGAGGUGCUCCUCGGCUCGCGCCACUACUCGACGGCCAUCGACAUGUGGUCAGUCGGCUGCAUCUUCGCCGAGAUGGCGAUGCGCCAGCCCCUCUUCCCCGGCGACUCGGAGAUCGACGAAAUCUUCCGCAUCUUCCGCCUCCUCGGCACGCCAGACGAGACGAUCUGGCCCGGCGUACGCAGCCUCCCGGACUACAAGCCCACCUUCCCGCAAUGGCACCCGCACGACCUCAAGGGGACGGUCACGGCGCUCGACGACGACGGCAUCGACCUCCUCGCCCAGAUGCUCGUGUACGACCCCGCCCACCGCAUCUCGGCAAAGCGCGCCCUCAACCACCCCUACUUUGACUCGGGGUCGCCGUAG